CAAAUUGAUAAUUAGCUUACUUUCCCGAUCGAUAAUAUCAGAUGUCGCUGCAAGUAGUAAAACAAUCGCUAUUCUAUCUCACAAUAUAAUAUUCGAUGAAUUAGCCUUUCGAAUAGAGUGACAGGCGUUUUUAAGAACUUGUACAUUCUAUCGAGUCGAGUGAUUUAAAAAAUAAUUUAAAAAUGGAAUGUUUAAUUGGAAUUCAAUUUAAGGAUUUUGUGCUUGUAGCCGCCGAUAUGACAAAUGCUCAAUCUAUUAUGGUUAUGAAAAACGAUGAGGUGAAAAUUCAUAAAAUGUCAGACAAACUUGUCAUGGCUGUCUCCGGUGAAUCUGGCGAUACAACUCAGUUUUCAGAAUACAUUGGAAAAAAUAUACAACUUUAUAAAAUGAGAAAUGGUUACGAACUAUCACCACAAGCGGCAACUGCUUUCACCAGAAGAAAUUUGGCGGAUUAUCUUAGAAGUCAAACACCGUACACCGUUAAUUUAUUAAUGGCUGGAUACGAUGACGAAACUGGCCCACAGUUAUAUCUUAUAGAUUACUUAGCUUCUUGCGUUAAAGUACCAUAUGCAGCGCAUGGUUAUGGUGGUUUCUUUUCCCUUUCUAUAUUAGACAGAUAUCAUAGUUUUGACAUGACUGAAGAAGAAGGAUACGAAUUGAUGAAGAAAUGCGUUAGAGAAAUUCAUAAGAGACUUAUCGUGAAUUUACCUAAUUUUCAAGUUAAAAAAGUAUCCAAGGAUGGAAUAAAAGAUAUGAAAUUUAUUACAGCACAAAAUUUAGCUGUCGAAGAUGCUGUUAAGGUGUGAUUAAUUAACAUUUCAUAUUUUCAUAAUAUUGUAAUUCUGAUUAUAAAAAUAGGGAUAAUUAAAUAUAAAUCAA